AUGUGCGGUACACGUCGUGGAGAAGUGUCGGGCUCGACCAACAUCACCCACGGUCGUGAAGUCCUGCCCACCAACGUCAAGCCCCUUCACUAUGACUUGACUCUCGAGCCCAACUUUGAGGCUUUUACCUAUGACGGAACUGUCAUCGUCGACCUCGAGGUCACCGAAGAUACCAAUUCCAUCUCCCUCAACUCCAACGAGAUCAAGAUUCACAAUGCCGUUGUUUCUGCUCAGGGCUCUGUCGUGGCCUCCCAGCCCGAGGUCACCAUCAACCAAGACACCCAGGUCGCCACCGUCAAGUUCUCCGAGACUAUCCCCGCUGGCUCCUCGGCCCAGCUGAAGCUGACCUUCACCGGCGAGCUCAAUGAUAACAUGGCCGGUUUCUACCGCUCCUCAUACAAGACCUCCGAUGGUGAAACCAAGUACAUUGCUACAACUCAGAUGGAACCUACCGAUGCUCGUCGGGCCUUCCCCUGCUUUGACGAGCCCGCUCUCAAGGCCAAGUUCACUAUCACUCUGGUCGCUGACAAGAGCAUGGCCUGCUUGAGCAACAUGGAUGUUGCUUCCGAGACCGAGGUUGACGGCGGCAAGAAGGCGGUCAAGUUCAACACCUCUCCUCUCAUGUCCACCUACCUCGUCGCUUUCAUUGUCGGCCAUCUCAAGUACAUCGAGACCAAUGCCUUCCGCAUCCCUAUCCGCGUCUAUGCCACACCCGAUCAGGACAUUGAGCACGGUCGCUUCUCGCUUGACCUGGCUGCUCGCACCCUGGCCUUCUAUGAGAAGGCCUUCGACAGUGAAUUCCCCCUGCCCAAGAUGGACAUGGUGGCCAUUCCUGACUUUAGCGCCGGUGCUAUGGAGAACUGGGGUCUGAUCACCUACCGUAUUGUCGAUGUUCUCUUGGAUGAGAAGACGAGCGGUGCUGCCCGCAAGGAGCGCAUCGCGGAGACUGUUCAGCACGAGCUGGCUCACCAGUGGUUCGGAAACUUGGUCACCAUGGACUUUUGGGAUGGUCUCUGGCUCAACGAGGGCUUUGCCACCUGGAUGUCCUGGUACUCUUGCAACGCCUUCUAUCCCGAGUGGAAGGUCUGGCAGACUUACGUCAUCGACAACCUGCAGAGCGCCCUGUCCUUGGACUCGCUCCGCAGCAGUCACCCCAUUGAGGUGCCUGUGAAGCGUGCCGACGAAAUCAACCAGAUCUUCGAUGCCAUCUCUUACUCCAAGGGCUCGUCCGUUCUGCGCAUGAUCUCCAAGUACAUGGGUGAGGACGUGUUUCUGCAGGGUGUCCGUAACUACAUCAAGAAGCACGCCUAUGGCAACACCCAGACGGGUGACCUGUGGGCUGCUCUCGCUGAUGCUAGUGGCAAGCCCGUUGAGCAGGUGAUGGACAUCUGGACCAAGAACGUGGGAUUCCCCGUUGUCACUGUCUCUGAGGAUGCCAAGACCUCAUCCAUCAAGGUCAAGCAGAACCGCUUCCUGCGAACGGGCGAUGUCCGCCCUGAGGAGGAUACCACGCUCUACCCAGUCAUCCUGGGUCUGCGGACCAAGCAGGGUCUCGAUGAAGAUACCAUGCUGAGCGAGCGGGAAGGCGAAUUUAAGGUUCCCGAUUUGGACUUCUUCAAGCUCAACGCUGAUCACUCCGCCAUCUAUCGCACCUCCUACACCCCCGAGCGUCUCACUAAGCUGGGACAGGCUGCUAAGAAUGGCCUCCUCACCGUCGAAGACCGUGCUGGUAUGAUCGCCGACGCGGGUGCUCUCGCGGCGUCUGGCUUCCAGAGCACUUCCGGACUCCUGUCUCUUCUGAAGGGAUUCGACAGCGAGUCGGAAUUCGUUGUGUGGAACGAGAUUCUGACCCGUAUCGGUGCUCUCCGGGCCGCUUGGUUGUUUGAGGAUGCUUCCAGCAAGGAUGCCCUGAAGGCCUUCCAGCGGUCUUUGGUCAGCGAGAAGGCCCAUGAGCUUGGAUGGGACUUCUCUGACAAGGACGGACACAUCCUGCAGCAGUUCAAGGCAUUGAUGUUCGGCAGUGCCGGCUCGGCUGAGGAUCCGGUCGUCGUCAAGGCGGCCCACGAUAUGUUCGAGCGGUUCGCUGCCGGCGAUGCCAAUGCCAUUCACCCCAACAUCCGCGGCAGCGUGUUCAGCAUUGUGCUGAAGAAGGGCGGUGAGAAGGAGUACAACAUUGUGUUGGACCGGUUCCGCAACGCCCCGACUUCGGACGAGAAGACCACCGCCCUCCGCUGCUUGGGUGCCGCCGAGGACCCGGCUUUGAUCAAGCGCACCCUGGAAUUGGCCAGUGGCGACGAGGUCAAGAACCAGGACAUCUACAUGCCCCUGAGCGGCCUGCGCAGCCACACCAACGGUAUCGAGGCUCGCUGGACCUGGUUGACCACUAACUGGGAUGCCAUCUUCAAGCGCCUGCCCCCGUCGCUGGGUAUGCUCGGCACUGUUAUUCAGCUCAGCACCGCCAGCUUCUGCACGGAGGCCCAGUUGAAGGAGGUCGAGACCUUCUUCAAGAGCAAGGACACCAAGGGAUUCGACCGUGCCGUCGAGCAGAGUCUGGAUGCCAUUCGUGCCAAGGUCAACUGGGUCAACCGUGACCGCGCCGACGUUGGAUCCUGGUUGAAGACCAACGGCUAUUCCCAGGGCGGCAAGCUAUAA